AUGUCGUCGGAACAGAUCACCACCAACACCACCUCCACGACCUCUCGAAAGUAUCUCUUUUCAGAGGUCACUAUUCAGCACGUCUGUGGAGGUUCAAGUAAUAACUCGCUCCAACUACUGCUACCUCAACAGACACUCUCGUCAUCCACAUGCACACUUCAUUCCUCUCCAACCAUCGACGCAUGCAUUCCUUCUCAUUGGGUCGUUUCCGAUCGAAAGAAGAAAUCCCUUCUCGAAUUCUUCCUUUCUUCACAACAACAUGAAAAUCAGAAGGAUCUUCCUCAUGUGGAAGGUUAUUAUCAAUUCUUAGAACCAGACAAGUUUGUGGAUCCAUGGAUUGGCAUCUCCCACGACAAGUCUAUCGGUGAUUACUUUUCCAUGUUCAAAUAUAUUGGGAAUCGACCAAGUAUUCCUUCUGAUGAAGAAUUACCACAAUUGGAACCUCAUUAUGAUUUAUUGUUUCAUCCCAAACCCUUCCAACACUUUGUGGAACAUGCAAAUAUCACAAAAACCUCAAACACUACAACUGCCACAACUGCCACUACUCAUGAAAAUUCUUCUUUAAAAUCGUCGACAAGUCUCAAUGAAAUGGAUACACACAUUGAUUAUUCAAAAAAGACCUAUCAAAUCACAUGGAUUGGACAUUCCACAUUUCUCAUUCAAUAUCGUGGAAUUAAUAUUUUAACAGAUCCAGUAUUCGCUGAAAGAUGCAGUCCCGUCUCGUUUUUUGGACCUAAAAGAAUUAAGAAAAUUCCAGUGGAUGACAUUUCCAAGUUGCCACCAAUUCAUUUUGUUUGUGUGUCACAUAAUCAUUAUGAUCAUUUGUGUGAAACGUCCAUUCGUGACAUUCAAAAAUAUCAUGAUCCAAUUAUUUUGUUACCGUACAAGUGUAAAUAUAAAUGGAUGCAAAGUGGAUGUUUGAAUCAAGAAAAGAUGAAUUCAAAAUUGUAUGAAUUGGAUUGGUGGAAAGAUGUAACUUUUAAGGUUUCUGCAAAAAUAUCAAAUACGACCAUGACAGUUGAAAGUGAAAUUCGAUUUGUGUUUUUACCAGCUCAGCAUUGGGGAGCGAGAAAUAUGACAGAUCGAAAUGAGGCCUUGUGGGGUUCAUGGGGAAUUGAAUUCAAUGAAAUCAUUCCAAAUGGUAUCAUUGAACAGCAAGUUGGAAAACGUGUGGUGAAAUUUUGGCAUGCUGGUGACACGGGUUACAAUACACAAACAUUCACAGAAAUUGGAAAACGACUUGGACCUAUUGAUUUGGCAUUGAUCCCAAUUGGAGCUUAUCAUCCAAGAUCGUUUUUGAAGGAUCAACAUGUAGAUCCUGAAGAAGCAAUCACCAUCGCGCAAGAGGUGGGUGCAAAGAAAAGUAUUGGAAUGCACUGGGGAACAUUCAUGUUGACCUUUGAGCCAGUCAUGGAACCUAAACAAUUGUUGGAAAAGGGUUUGAUUGAAAGAAAACUUCCUACUGAUUAUUUCAUUACCAUGAAACAUGGAGAAACCAUUGUCGAUGACUUUGACCACACCCAAAAUAACGAAAAUUGCGUUCCAAUGGUUGAAACAAAUGAAACCAAUGCUCUCAAAACCGAGCAACAAGAGAAAACAAUAACAGUUCAGGAAUGA